AGGCGGCUGAGGCGCUUCCGCGUGUGUGUAGGCGCGGGAUAGGGCGGGCGGCGGUGGCGGCGGCCGGCGUGGAGGAUGGUGCCGCUACUGCUGCAGCUCGCCGGGCUCGGUGCGGCGCUGGCCGCCGCGGGCCUCGUUCUGAUCUCCAUUAUUGCAUUUGUAACUGCUACAAAAAUGCCAUCACUUCUCCGACACGAAGAAGAGAAGUUCUUCGUAAAUGCCAAAGGCCAAAAGGAAACUUUACCCAGUAUAUGGGACUCACCUACCAAGCAGCUUUCUGUUGUUGUGCCUUCAUACAACGAAGAAGAACGGUUGCCUGUAAUGAUGGAUGAAGCCCUGGACUACUUAGAGAAGAGACAGAAGCAUGAUCCUGCUUUCACUUACGAGGUGAUAGUAGUUGAUGAUGGCAGUAAAGACCAGACUUCAAAGGUAGCUUUUAAAUAUUGCCAGAAAUAUGGAAGUGACAAAGUACGAGUGAUAACACUAAUGAAGAAUCGUGGAAAAGGUGGCGCUAUUAGGAUGGGUGUAUUUAGUUCUCGAGGAGAAAAGAUCCUUAUGGCAGAUGCUGAUGGAGCUACAAAGUUUCCGGAUGUUGAGAAAUUAGAAAAGGGACUAAAUGAUCUGCAGCCUUGGCCUGAUCAAAUGGCUAUUGCAUGUGGAUCUCGAGCUCAUUUGGAAAAAGACUCCAUUGCUAAGCGUUCUUACUUCCGUACCCUCCUCAUGUGCGGGUUCCACUUUCUGGUGUGGUUCCUUUGUGUGAAAGGAAUCAGGGACACACAGUGUGGGUUCAAAUUACUAACCAGAAAAGCAGCUUCAUGGACAUUUUCAUCUCUGCACAUUGAAAGAUGGGCAUUUGAUGUAGAACUGCUCUACAUAGCACAGCACUUUAAAAUUCCAAUAGCAGAAAUUGCUGUCAACUGGACUGAAAUUGAAGGUUCAAAAUUAGUUCCAUUUUGGAGCUGGUUACAAAUGGGCAAGGAUCUACUUUUUAUACGACUUCGAUAUUUAACUGGUGCCUGGAGACUUGCGCAAACUAGGAAAAUGAAUUAGGUUGUUCACAGUCUGAUUGUACUCUUUUGCAUCAAUGGAACAUUUCAUUUGAAUUUAAAAUUUUAAAUAAAGCAGGAAUAAACCUGUCAUUGUCUGCCUUUUGAUAAUUUUUAAGACUCAACUAACAUAAUAAUUAAAAUGUUUUUAUAUCUUUUGGUAU